AUGAAUCGCGGGUUCAAUUCCCGCACGGAACCACUCUUGGGUAAGGCGAGAGACUCUUACGGACUAAAAAACCCCCCGUUCCUUCUCCUGCUCCGGGCCAAUCGGCCAAGGCCGCGGUACCUUAUUGCGCUUGGCCCGCCACCUCGGCUGAACAUCAGCCCUAUAUGGCCCUGUCUGUGGUGGUCUAUUAGCUCUUUGAGGCGCGCGCGGAACGCUACGCGCCCUAAGGUCGGAUCUGGUUCUGCUCGGGCGAUGGCAUCAAGAUCUAGAAAGUUAAUUGAAUUAGCUACAGGUGUAGCUCAGAUAGAUAACACACAAGAUGAGAGUGAAAAUGCCAAAAGCUCGAGUAAUACAAUGCAAAUAUCAACAGAAGGCAAGGACGUCGCAAUAGAUUCCAUCCGACCUCGUAGUAGUUCGACUAGUAGCAGUAGUUCCUGCAGUUCUUGCAGUUCCUCGAGUUCUAGAAAAUCUUCAAGCAGUGAUCCAUCUAUAUAUCAAGACAGCGACGACUCGGUAAAGGAUCCUGAUUAUGAAGCCCAAUCCACAAAACGUGCUGAGUAUUCUUUUGAUACUGACGUGGAAGAACAUAUCACGACCAACUAUAAUAACAUUUCGGAUGAUCCUAAUUUGGUAACAUCAAAUAUGGCUUCAAUAAACAAUGACAACUACGAGGAACCACUUUCGUCUACAAACGAACAUGUACUCAACGACUUCGGUGUCAUAGAAAACAAUGAAUCUUCUGCGAUUGAAAGCAUAGAGGAGCAAAGACAGACCAUUUUAAAUGACUACUGGAGCUUAGGUGCAAUAGAAAAACAAUGGACGUUUAUUGCUAAUAGCGUAGACAUAGUCAUCCCAAAACAACGUUACGUUAAAGUUGAUUCGGAUGGAAAUGUUGCGACUAUUCGAAACAACAAUAACGCUUUCUUUUUGACUAUUUCUGGUGAAAAAAUAAGAGUUUGUAAAUUGUUCUUCAAAAAUACUUUAGGAAUUAAUAAUCGACCCAUAGAGACUGCUUUGAAAAAGAAAAAUAGUAACACUAAUAUUUCUUCAAUGAAAGAUAACCGAGGUAGUCAUUUAAACCAUCAUGGCGUGGACGAAAGUAUUAAAAAUGGCAUCAAAUUGUUUAUUGAGUCUAUACCGAAGAUUGAGUCACAUUAUACCCGUGCUAACUCAAAAAGAAAAUAUAUUGAUGGUAGCAAAGCUGUCACAGAUCUUCACAGAGAUUAUGUGGAAAAAUGUAAAUCCCAAAACGUUCCCUAUGGCACCUACAUUACAUUUUACCGUAUUUUCACACAAGAUUUUAAUAUUUCGUUUUUCACUCCUAAAAAGGAUUUAUGCGAUAUAUGCGAAGCUUAUAAAAACAUCACAGAUGAAGAAAAAGAAUCUAAGAAAGAAGACUAUGAAUUACAUCUUAAGGAAAAGAAUUGGUCUCGUAUUGAAAAAGAAAAAGAUAAGAACAACAAAAAUAUUUGUGUAGCGGUCUAUGAUCUUCAAGCAGUGUUUCAGUGCCCAAAAGGCGACGUCUCAGUUUUUUACUACAAAUCCAAACUAAAUGUACUUAAUUUCACAAUUUAUAAUUUACAAAAUAAUUCAGUUGAGUGUUAUGUAUGGGAUGAGUCGAACGCCCAGAGAGGUGUCAACGAAAUAGCUACCUGUGUUUACAAAUACCUGGAGAAAAUAUCCGAAACGGCCGAAGACCUCGAUGUUGUCUUUUAUUCAGAUAAUUGUGCUGGGCAGCAAAAAAAUAAGUUUAUGAUCUCAAUGUACACUUACGCAGUCAAAACUCUACCAAAUCUCAGAUCAAUUACACACAAAUACCUCAUUAAAGGGCAUACACAGAACGAGGGCGAUUCAGCUCAUUCUCAAAUAGAGAGAGAAGUUAAAAGGCAACUGAGAUCAGGACCAAUGUAUACACCUGACGCAUUUAUUGGAGCUAUAAAGGCGGCACGGAAAAAAAACGAGCCAUUUCAUGUGAAUGAAAUGUGUUUCGAUGAUUUUUUUGAUUGGAAAAGUAUAUGCACUCAAAUGAACUUUGCAAUAAUGAAAGAUGAAGACAAUAAUACUGUGAAACUGGCUGGACUAAAGAUGGUAAAAGUUCAAAGCUCUGAUCCUGAUGCUAUAUUUUUCAAAGAAUCAUAUGCUGACGAAUUAUUCAAGAAAGCUAUAGUGGUCAGAAAAAAGAGAUAUCAUAAUAACCAAACCAUUAAUUUAGAUUUGCAAAAGGCCUAUCUCCAGAAACCUGGACUAGCAGAGAGAAAAAAGGCUGAUCUCAUGGAUUUGGUCAAUAAAAACCUCAUUCCUAGAUACCACAAGCCAUUUUACGAAUCGUUGUAA